GAGCCGCGGCGUCUCCCGGGGCGGCGCCGUCCUGUCUCGGUCCGGUCCCGUUUGCCGGCGGCCCCGUCCCGCCGCGGCUCUAUGGUUUGCGGACGCUCUGCCCCGCGUGUCUCUAUGGCGGCGGCGGCCCCGCCCCGGGGCGGCCUGAGGCGGCCCCAGCCCCGCUCCUGACCCGGCCCCGCCGCCGCCUGCGGGCUCUGGGGCCCGGCAACGCCGCUCCGAGGCACCGGGGCCGCGCCAGGGCAACGGGGAGCCGCCGAGGGUCACCCAUACGCCGGUUCCCUCGGGCAGCAGCGGCCGAUGUGGGAAAGCUCCGAGCGGCGUUUUCGGCCUGGUGGGCGCAGGGAGGCGGAGGAGGGGCAAGGAGCGGCGGAGAGCCCGGGGCAGCGGCGCUGACCCUGCGGAAUUCCCUCGGCUGAGCCCCUCCGGCUGAGCCCCUCCGCCAUCCCUUCAGCAUCCCGAGCCCGCCCGAACCGCGCUCCGCCAUCCCGCAGCUCCGCCGUUCCAGUGUCCCAGGAAUGGUGAAUUCAAACUGGGAAUGCUGGAGGGGGGACAAGACCUUCAGAGAUGAGGCUUUGCCACUGUUUUGCACAAGAGUGUUGAACACAGCUGUCUCUCCUGGAUUGGCUUUGCCUGGAUGUGGUGCCAGAGGCUGGCGUGCCUGCUCCGGGGGCGGCGUGGGAGCUCUGGACAUCACUGGCCAUGGCUGCCCCGGGGCCCCAGGCCCAUCCUGGCUGUCCCUGCACGCUGCCACCCCACAGCCCCAGCGUCCCCCUGCUGUGCCUGGGAGCUGCACCGAGACCAUCUCGCCUCCUCUGCUCCCAUCCCUGGCAGAGCUGAGGUACGGCAGCACCGUGAUGCGCCUGGAUUUCGUGUGGCUGCGGGAUCACUGCCGCUCCGCCUCCUGCUACAACGCCAAGACCAAGCAGCGCAGCCUGGACACGGCCAGCGUGGACCUGGCCAUCCAGCCCCAGGCUGUGCGGGUGGAUGAGACCACGCUCUUCCUCACCUGGCCGGAUGGACACGUCACACGGUAUGGGCUGGAGUGGCUGGCAAGGAACAGCUACGAGGGGCAGAAGCAGCAGGUCAUGCACCCCCGGAUCCUCUGGAAUGCUGAGAUCUACCAGCAAGCCCAGGUCCCCUCCAUCGACUGCCAGAGCUUCCUGGAGACAGACGAGGGUCUGAAGGAAUUCCUGCAGAACUUCUUGUUGUACGGGAUUGCUUUUGUGGAGAAUGUCACUCCCACCAAAGAAGACACGGAAAUCUUGGCAAAGAGGAUCAGCAUAAUCAGGGAGACCAUUUAUGGCAGGAUGUGGUACUUCACCUCUGACUUCUCCCGCGGAGACACAGCCUACACCAAGCUGGCCCUGGACCGGCACACAGACACCACCUACUUCCAGGAGCCCUGUGGCAUCCAGGUGUUCCACUGCCUGAAGCACGAGGGCACGGGCGGGCGGACGCUGCUGGUGGAUGGGUUCCACGCGGCCGAGCGGGUGCUGCACCAGGCCCCAGAGCACUUUGAGCUGCUGGCCAAGGUGCCCCUCAAACACGAGUACGUGGAGAACGUGGGCGGCUGCCACAACCACAUGAUCGGAGUGGGGCCGGUGCUCAACGUCUACCCCUGGAACAACGAGCUUUACCUCAUCAGGUACAACAACUACGACCGUGCCGUGAUCAACACGGUGCCCCAUGACGUGGUGCGCCGCUGGUACCACGCGCACCGCGCCCUCACCGCCGAGCUGCGCCGGCCCGACAACGAGCUCUGGGUCAAGCUGAAGCCAGGCAAGGUCCUGUUUGUGGAUAACUGGCGUGUCCUGCACGGCCGGGAGGCUUUCACCGGGUACCGGCAGCUCUGUGGGUGUUACCUGACGAGGGACGACGUGCUGAACACUGCCCGCCUGCUGGGGCUGCAGGCCUAGCCCACCCUCCAGAGAGCCAGGCAGCCCCCAGCCCCACCUCUGGGAGAGGCAGGACCCUCCCACUUCCACUGCCAGGAGAGGCAGGCAGCCCCCAGACUCACCUCUGGGAGUUGCUGGCAGCCCCCAGUCCCACUUCUGGGAGAGGCCAGCAGCCCCUCAGUGCCACCCCCAGGAGAGGCAGGAGCCCCCAGCCCCACUCCACACCAGGCCAGGUGGGCUGGUGCCUCCCCAGGUGCUCCGGGCCCUCUGUGCCGGUGCCUCACCACGACAAAGACACUGCAAUACCUCAGGCACCUCCACCCUCUCCAAGCAGCUCCCAGGGCCUGCUCAGGUGAGGGGGCAGGUGGAAACCAAAGGUUGUGGUACCAUUUUUUGGGACCACACUCUGCCUUUGAGCACAGGCAGCUCUUGCUGUCCAUGCUCCCAGCCUGGUCCUCCCAGCCAGGGUGGCUCAGUUGUGGUUAAUCCCAUCACAGUAAGUGCUCCUCCAAGCAAGUGCCUUCAGGAGUCCCUGUUUGGCCUUUUUUUUCCAACUGCCAGUUUUAGAGGACUUUUAGCAGAGCAGAAUGGAAAUCUCUGGGAUCUUGUCUUUUAUCACUGAUGAAGCAGCCAAGCUGCCUGAGAGACGGCCUGGAGAGAUCCUGGUGUACUUCGAGCAUUUCUGAGAAGGUUUAGGUUAGAGAAGGAAAAGGGAAGCACCAAGAUGUGCAUGUUGUGAAGCAGAGAUGAUGAUGUUAGAUGAGGGAUGGAAUUCCCACUUUUCCUUGACUUCCAGGACUGCCAUGCUGCUGUUCCCUCUGCCUGUUGCACUGCACUUGUGUUGAGGGCAACACUCAGCAGCCCCAGGAUUUCUGACAAAUUUCCCACUGUGCCUCCUCUUCCGUCCUUUCUUAAGGAAUUGGUGUUAGGUCAUCAUCAUACUCUCUGGUGCAUGAAACUCACUCUGGUUAUAUUUUUUUCCCAAAAUUCUCCUCCUCUGAAUGUAACUCAGAGGUGCCUUUCAGCUCCUGGGAGCUGGGAUCUGGAAUGCUGAAGUGCCACAGGGUAAGGAACAAAAGCAAAUCCUGCUGUUAAACAUUUUUCAUUCUGCCAUAUUUUUUGGCGUGUUCCCUCUGCUCUGACCAGACCUUAAAGCAGGGCUGGGCCCCUUCACCCCUGGCUGUGCUGUGUGAGGUGCUCUGUGUCCUCAGGGCAGGGGCAGUGCAGGUGCACAGGUGCUGAACUUGCUGCUCUUGUUUAAUCCAAACGCUGAAUGUAGAGAUCGUGGUGCCAAGACAGUCCUGAAAUCUGCUCUUGCUGUGGGCUGAGCUCCCUGAUGCUCCCAGUCCCGGUGUUCCUGCCCCAGUGCUUCCCAUCCCCAGUGAGCCCCUGGGAGUCAGCAGGGAUCAAAGGGAUUUCCAAGCCCAGGCUGGGCAGGUGGUGCCAGGGGAGCUGCCCUCUGUCAGGUAAAGCUCCAAUGGCAGCCUUGGAUCCUGGUAGAACCAAUUUUAAAACUCAGCAGGAAAAUUAAGCCCCCUCCAGCCAACCCCUUUCCAUAGUGGAAGAAAAAUACUAUAAGUUCUGAGUUGGAGUCACAAUUUACUGAAGAAAUCGCAAUAAUCACAAUGAUAUUAAUAAAAGAUUGUAUAAAAUGAGAA